AUGAUUUAAGAAUAAGAACACAUUGUCACAUUAGUUAUUAAUUAGUCAAUUGAGAUGGGUGAAUUUGGAAUAUAGGAAGCAAUUCAACUAUUUGAACUCUUUGGAUUGCCAUAUUAAGAAUUGUUCAAAUAGUAUUUCCCUAUAAUAUAGUUUCCAAAGAAAUAUGAAAUUACAUCUUAAACACUACCAAAUUAUCCUUUUGUGGAUGUAUAAUUGAGGGAUCUAGAUUUAAUUCCAAAAGUUUUGAAUCGAUCCAUCUUGAUUCAUGACAUAUUAUAUACAAUCAGUAGAGGCAAUACAUUAGAUGAUUUAACUAAGAAUAUAUUACCUUAAGCUAUGCAAUAUAUCUAAAAUCCAAAUCUAACUUGUAAAUGUGAUAUUAUUACAUCAUAUUUCAAAAUCACUUAAGAGAAGAGAGUUGAAUUAAUGGAGUAAGUAUUUGGAGAGAAGGGAUUUAAUUGUUAAAAUACUAUUAAUUUAACAGAACCAGACAUACUAUAUUAUUUGAUUAUAACUAAAGAUCAAAAAUAUAUUGCUGGUUGUACAUUAACUAAGAAAAAGAAGAGAAGAGAAAAGAAUUUUGCAAGAAACUAUGAAUUGCCAAAUCGUAUAUAUUUAGGUCCAGUUUCUUUGGCUCAUGAUUUAGCAUUUUUGAUGGCCAAUUAAGCUUAAGUGUAAGAGAAUGAUUUAGUAUUUGAUCCAUUUGCAGGAACAGGCAGUUCUUUAGUUGCUUGUUCUCAUUUUGGUGCAAUAUGUUUUGGUUCAGAAAUAGAUGGAUAUGUAAUGUAUAUAAGUUAAAUUAUUAGUUAAUGAAAGGGCAUUGUAUUGGAUACAUCAAUAAGAAGAGUACUUAUCUCAAAGAUCCAAAUUAUCAAUAAGUUAAACCUUACAUAAAUUUGAAUUUUCAAUAAUACAAUCUUCCUAUCCCAAAUUUGAUAUAAACUGAUGUUCAUUUACCAACUUUCAAUCCUAGAGUGGAUGAAUUUUUUGAUGCAAUAAUUUGUGAUCCUCCUUAUGGAAUAAGAGCAUCAAUAUAAUAAGAUGGAAAUGAGUAGGAUCUAUAAGCUAAUAGAACUGCCAUCUAUAGAAGAAUGUUUGAAGUAGCAAGGAGAGUAUUAAGAAGAGGAGGUAGACUUGUUUAUUUGUAUCCUUUAUUUAAAGGAAUGGAAAAAAAAGUAGAAAAGGAGGAUGGAUUCGAAUUAAUUGAUUUUAGAGAAUAGAAGAUGGUUGAUAAAAGAAGUCGAUUAUUAGUUACAAUGGAGAAAUUGUGA